UCAGACUUCUGGUGGCCCUGCAGCUUCAGCUCGACAUGCUGCUGUUGCUGCUGCUGCUCUGGGGAAUGAAAGGGGUAGAGGGUGGGCCUGAGGUCCUGGAGGGUUACACCCUGAGUGUGGAAAGGGAGGUGGGGGUGCAAGAGGGCCUGUGUAUCCUUGUACCUUGUAGGUUCACCUACCCCGAGGGGAAAUGGACUGACUCAGACCCGAUUCAUGGCUACUGGUUCCAUAGUGGAGCCAAAACAGGGAGUGAUUUCCCAGUGGCCACAAGUAACCCACAGAGGCCAGUACUGAAGGAGACCCAGGGCCGAUUCUUCCUGCUGGGAGACCCACAGAAGAACGACUGCUCCCUGGACAUCAGAAAGACCAGGAAGGAAGACACAGGCUCAUACUUCUUUCGCCUAGAAAGAGGAAAAGCGAAGUAUAAUUAUAUUUUGAACAAGAUGACUCUGCAUGUGACAGCCCUCACUAACACCCCCCACAUCCUUAUCCCGGAGACCCUGGAGGCUGGACGUCCCAGCAACCUGACCUGCUCUGCGCCUUGGGCCUGUGAGCCCCCCACCUUCUCCUGGACUGGAACCUCUGUGUCACUCUUGAGCACCAAUGCCAUUGGUUCCUCAGUGCUGACCAUCAUCCCCCAGCCCUGGGACCAUGGCACCAACCUCACUUGUCAGGUGACCCUGCCUGGAACUGGUGUGACCACAAGGACGACCAUCCAUCUCAAUGUGUCAUGGAAAUCAGGACUGAUGGCCGAGGUGGUUCUGGUGGCUGUGGUAGAGGCAGCUGUUAAAGUCCUGCUUCUUGGGCUGUGCCUCAUUAUUCUCAGAGUGAGGUCACGUAGGAAGAGGACAGCGAGGGCAACAGUGCACAGGGACUGUUCAGACACAGCCACCAGUUAGUUCUCAGGUGAGUGAAGCAGAGCCCUGCAUCUGUCUCACUUCCUUUUGGACCCUCUUUGUAAAGACCGUAGAAUGACCUGCCUGGCUCAGCAUGGCCACAGGUCAGCUGCCCAACCCUAUUCUAAACCCUUGUCCCUGCCAAGUACCAUGGUGCUCUGGGUCUUAUCUCUACCAUGAGCUCUCUCCAC